GAUUGCACGUCGCUCGCAGACCCAGGACGAAGAUGCUGUGCAGUUUUUCGAAUAUUCAUGUGAAUGCUGUUACCGUGUAAAAUCGUUCUGUGCACCAAACUAACAAUCAAAACAGAUGGUAAAACCACAUUAACAGAGAUUCCAAUUGUCACUUCACAGGAAGAAAGAAAGUAAAGGAUGGAGGAACUAGAGCAUGAUGCUGAAGACCUGAAUCAGCAGUUGCUAAGAAUUCAAGAAGCAUUGUACAAUGCUAUCGACGAAAAUAACCUUGUUUGCUUGCGGCAGCUUCUAGAACAAGGUGCAAAUGUGGAUCAGUUUUAUGAAGAUGAUCAGAAUAUCAGCUCAAAGUCCAUCCUGCACAUAGCUUGUGGAAAAGGCCGAACAGAAUGUGUCAAGAUUCUUCUGGAAGCUGGUGCAAUGGCAGAUAUUCGGGAUAAGUGGGGUCAGACUCCUCUGAUGUACUGCAUUUGUGUGCAAUUCUUAGACACUGCUGGCAUUCUGCUUGACCAUUUAGGUGCCAGUGCCACAGAAAUUGUGAAUAAUCAAGAUCGCUUUGGCAAAUCAGCUCUUCAUUCAGCUGCUGAGACAAACAACGUUGAGGCAGUUGAACUUCUUCUACAUCAUGGGGCUGAUGUAAACAUCCAGAAUUUUGAUGGCGUCACACCUCUGAUGGUGGCUGCAGAAAACUGUGGGUGCUGCAGGUCAUUGAAGGCAAUGGAAGCACUUAUUAGGGCUGGAGCAUUAGUCAACUGUGUCGACUAUAGAUCAAAACGUUCUGCUUUGCAGAGAGCAUCGCUAUCAAAAAAUGUGGCAGCAGUUGAGUUGCUUUUGGCUUCAGGGGCUGAUGUUGACAGUCUUGAUGCCACAGGCAGAUCAGGGCUGACUAAUCUCAUGUGGGAUCAUGUCAGAAACAGAAAGGGGUUGUGUCACAUCGAUCCAGAUGUUAUGACUAUCAUCGUGCUGCUGACCCAGUCCACAUCCAAUCUUGACCUCUCUGUGUGUGAAUACAGCAACCCUUUGGUCACUGCAACCUUUCUGCAAGCCACAGUUCUAGUCAGAUUUUUUCUAGAGCAAGGAGCACAGCCUAAUGUUUCCUUUGUGUCUGGUGUUACUCCACUUCUGAUUGCCACCAGUAAAAAAGAUUUAGAAACUGUGAAAAUUCUGCUGAGCUUCAAUUGCCAUAUGUCCAUCAAAGGUCGUGUGUUUCGAAGGCGACAUGAUACAGAAUUUACUUUUGAUCCUUGUGAGAUGGCGGUGGAUGAUGAGAGUUACCAUAUUGUGCAGCUCUUCUUGCAAGCAGGAUACAAUGCUCAGCAAAUUAAAAAACAGCUUAGGCUAAAAUUAAAUGCUGAUUCCAAAGAUUGCCCAAGUAAUGUUGAUCCGCAACUAAGACAGUGGCUGCUUGACAGAGCAUCUCAACCUCCAUCCUUGAAAGAAAUUAUUGUUUUUAAAAUACGUAAAAUCUUGGAUCAGGAUUUGCACAAAGCAGUGACUCAGCUACCUCUUCCAUCAAGGGUGAAAGAUAUGAUUUUGCUAAGAAAUAUUUUAUCAGUAUCUUUCUAAGACAUACUAUGUAUACUAGGUUUUAUUGAUGUGAUGUAUUUUGGUGCAAUAUCUUUUUUGCAUGAGUGCAGUGGAAAGUGUAAACAAUAGUGAUCAUGAUAGCCAUUAUUUAUAUGGAAGCCAUUGCAUUUUCUUCUGCUAUUCAGGUUUUUGACAUGUAUAGUUCAAUACUAAUUGCAGUAUUUUUCGAUCAGAAAAUGUAUACCUAUGUGUAACUGCCACAAAGGAAUUUCUUUAAAUGUACUUUAAGUCUUGAACUUCUUCAGUAUAUAAGUUAACAUGUUUAGUUUAGUCCUUAUUACUCCUCGAGGAGCACAGGACCACAACAGGACCUCACCAGUGGACCCAGUUUUGGGCAGCCUGCCUCAUUUGGGCCCAUGAUGUGGUUCCAACGUCCUUUGCCUCGUUCUCUACUGUUCUUUUCUGCCUUGGUCUCCCAACUCUCCUCUUACCAUGAGGAUUCCAGUCAAUGCUUGGCAAUGGUGUCAGUUGGUUUGCGCAGGGUGUGUCCUAUC